AGUGCCACUAGCAGCGACGACCGCAUCUAUUCCAACUGAAGACUUCACUCAAAGGCGGCGGCGGGCGGCCGGCUUCUCGCUCUGGCAGCGGCGGCGGCGGCGGCUUCCGGAGUCCCGCUGCGAAGAUGCUCAAAGUCACGGUGCCCUCCUGCUCCGCCUCGUCCUGCUCUUCGGUCACCGCCAGUGCGGCCCCGGGGACCGCGAGCCUCGUCCCGGAUUACUGGAUCGACGGCUCCAACAGGGAUGCCCUGAGCGAUUUCUUCGAAGUGGAGUCGGAGCUGGGACGGGGUGCUACAUCCAUUGUGUACAGAUGCAAACAGAAGGGGACCCAGAAGCCUUAUGCUCUCAAAGUGUUAAAGAAAACAGUGGACAAAAAAAUCGUAAGAACUGAGAUAGGAGUUCUUCUUCGCCUCUCACAUCCAAACAUUAUAAAACUUAAAGAAAUAUUUGAAACCCCUACAGAAAUCAGUCUGGUCCUAGAACUCGUCACAGGAGGAGAACUGUUUGAUAGGAUUGUGGAAAAGGGAUAUUACAGUGAGCGAGAUGCUGCAGAUGCUGUUAAACAAAUCCUGGAGGCAGUCGCUUAUCUACAUGAAAAUGGGAUUGUCCAUCGUGAUCUCAAACCAGAGAAUCUUCUUUAUGCAACUCCAGCCCCAGAUGCACCACUCAAAAUUGCUGAUUUUGGACUCUCUAAAAUUGUGGAACAUCAAGUGCUCAUGAAGACAGUAUGUGGAACCCCAGGGUACUGCGCACCUGAAAUUCUUAGAGGUUGUGCCUAUGGACCUGAGGUGGACAUGUGGUCUGUAGGAAUAAUCACCUACAUCUUACUUUGUGGAUUUGAACCAUUCUAUGAUGAAAGAGGCGAUCAGUUCAUGUUCAGGAGAAUUCUGAAUUGUGAAUAUUACUUUAUCUCCCCCUGGUGGGAUGAAGUAUCUCUAAAUGCCAAGGACUUGGUCAGAAAAUUAAUUGUUUUGGAUCCAAAGAAACGGCUGACUACCUUUCAAGCUCUCCAGCAUCCGUGGGUCACAGGUAAAGCAGCCAAUUUUGUACACAUGGAUACCGCUCAAAAGAAGCUCCAAGAAUUCAAUGCCCGGCGUAAGCUUAAGGCAGCGGUGAAGGCUGUGGUGGCCUCUUCCCGCCUGGGAAGUGCCAGCAGCAGCCAUGGCAGCAUCCAGGAGAGCCACAAGCCUAGCCGAGACCCUUCUCCAAUCCAAGAUGGCAACGAGGACAUGAAAGCUAUUCCAGAAGGAGAGAAAAUUCAAGGCGAUGGGGCCCAAGCCACAGUUAAGGGGGCACAGGCUGAGCUGAUGAAGGUGCAAGCCUUAGAGAAAGUUAAAGGUGCAGAUAUAAAUGCUGAAGAGGCCCCCAAAAUGGUGCCCAAGGCAGUGGAGGAUGGGAUAAAGGUGGCUGACCUGGAACUAGAGGAGGGCCUAGCAGAGGAGAAGCUGAAGACUGUGGAGGAAGCAGCAGCUCCCAGAGAAGGGCAAGGAAGCUCUGCUGUGGGCUUUGAAGUUCCACAGCAAGAUGUGAUCCUGCCAGAGUACUAAACCAGCUUCCUUCAGAUCUGGAAGCCAAACACCGGCAUUUUAUGUACUUUGUCCUUCAGCAAGAAAGGUGUGGAAGCAUGAUAUGUACUAUAGUGAUUCUGUUUUUGAGGUGCAAAAAAAAUACAUAUAUACCAGUUGGUAAUUCUAACUUCAAUGCAUGUGACUGCUUUAUGAAAAUAAUAGUGUCUUCUAUGGCAUGUAAUGGAUACCUAAUACCGAUGAGUUAAAUUUUGCAAGUUAACACAACAUAAGACUUAAAAGCAUACAUUUUCAGCAACCAGUGGCACAUAUUUGAAGUGAAUAGUAGCAAAUUGUUUUUGCUUUGAAAACCUAGCCAUCCUACAUCCUUUGAAUUUCUUCACAAGGCAGUAAUUCCUCUGAACUACUGCUUAGCUAAUACUAGGUAGUGCUAAAAGACAUGUUCCCAUAACUUUUACAACAUUUUACUUUUUAUCAUUGAUGUGUUCAAACUGUUUACAAGGAGAUGCUUGUAGAUGAUAGUUGUACAUAUGUGCAAAAAAAAAUCCACUUGGAAUGGUAAGAAAUUGAAGUAUCCUUAAAGGCCAUGAAGCCAUAUGUCCCUAAAGCUUGUGUGGAGAAUGCUUUAUUUUAUUCUUAUUUAUAUGCACUAUAUUAAUAAUAACCAAAGUGUUCUAAGAUUCUGCCAUUUUACAACCCUGGAGGAAGUAAUUUACAAACUCAUGCUGUGUUCCAUUCUUUCCCUCACCUGCUCUCCAAUAAGAUGACUUUCUGAUAGACAAAGCUUAGGGUGUAAUAAACAGGGAAGAAAAGAAGGUAAGACUGUACUUAAACUGAUGAAGGUAAGAUUGAUUCCUUUUCAUUUUCCAGAUAAAAUUGUAUUUACUCAUGAAUUUAUACAACUUUACAGAUAAGAACAUUUUAAUGGAUAAACUCUAUAAUUACCAAGUUUCAAAUAUUUAGAAAAAUCUAUUUCACAGGUUAGUGCCAAAAUGUCUUCAUAGAGUAGGAAUAAUAUUCCAUUAUAAGAUUAUUCAUUAUUGACUUUAAUAGAGUAAGAAAACAUUAUUCUUUACCAAAGCUCUUUUUUUAUCCAAUUGAUGGUUAUCUACACAUAUCACUUAUAAACUAAAGUUAUUUAUGAAAAGCUAGUAUGUCUUUUUCUUGUAUUUGGAAUGAAAGUACCCACAUUUUACAAUGUAGUGUUGAGAAUGUGCCUGCCAAUAAAUUUAGCACAAUGCAAUUUAUUUACCUUAAAAAACAAACAAAAAUAAAAAUAAAGAAAAAUACUGAUUUCAAAUCAGACUCUUAAAAAGCUGGAACAUUAGACCUAAUAUUUUAUUAUGAUUUUUCACAGAAUAAAUUUAAUUUUUCUUUGACUUUCAUAGAAACACUUUCCCCGUUAUAGAAAUCACACUAAGUAUCUCCAAUUUGUUUCUAGUUUGAGCUGAAAUGAAUAUUUUAUCAGAUUAAUUAUGUGUCACAUUUUUGGUGGGUUUUCUCAAUUUUAAAAAAGAACUCAUCUUAAAAAAUAAUUAUUUUCAGAGACCAAAUAAAGACAAUAAAAAUGACUGUCACACAAAAAUCCUCAUUAAAAAAAGACAUCUUAAAUUAUGUUGGCUCUCCCUCAAAACUAUUAAAUUAGAAAAUGAAAUUAAAGCUCCAGUUUGUAGAGGCUGUUAGACCUCAGUAGACAUUCUUCUUUUCAAUCACAAAUCUCCCUCUACUACUAUCCUCAUGGGAAGAAAACAACGUAGGACUUCUUAUCUUUCAUAGUUUAAGAAUCUGACAGGUCACUGAUAUGGAGCCCCUGAAGAAGCACAUCAUCUGGGCUCAGAAGAAGAUUAUUUUUUGUUUUGUUUUAUUUGUACUAUCUAGUAGAGAGCACUUUUCUUAUUCCCUCUUUCCUUCCUUCCUCAUUUAAUUAUUCCCUCUCAGAAUUCCCAUGUCGUCCAUUAUAAGGGGCUCUCUAUUUUUAACCUUUAAGAAUGUCUUCUUUGUUAAGCAUUAAGAUUUCCAUUUAAGAGGAUCAAUUUCCUGUUGUACUUUUUACCAUGAGACUGAACACACACACACACACACACACACACACACGUAUAUGUGUUGGAAGAGCAAAGAGAGGGAAGGGGGUCUUGUUAGAAAGUGGAACUUAGCUGAAAGAUCAGACACAUCAUUCCUCCCUGCCCACAGCCAUAUUGUUCCAAGGGCAGUUACAUUAUUUCAACAGUAGGGUAGGGCUGACUGCAUUGUUUGGCCCUGUGAACCAUAGAAACAAUGAUGCAAAUACCAUGGCCGGUGUGUAUUUUAGAAAUUACUCAUUUAAAUGAGUGCAUAUUACCAUUCCUCCACGUGAGUACUCAAGAGUUGAAGACAAUUCCCUCUAUCUUUUUAAACCUAUAAACUACAUUUUUAAAAAAUCAAUGGGAUUUUUAAAUUUUGACUCAUGUUAAAGAUUAGAUUCUGAUAAUGACUAUAUAGUGACUAAUUUAGUUGUUUCAGUAGGAAACAAAUCAAACUUUCAAAAAUGUUGGUCAUUUCAAAUUAUUCAAAGAUUUCAUAUACAUACAUCCUAAGUUAGGAUAAUUAUGUUAACAUUUUUGAAAGAACAGCCAAUGUUUAUAUUGCUUGUUAAAGUGGAAUGUAUUGUCUAUCUCAAAGAUUACUUAGCUAAAUAAUAGUAGACAGAGAUUUAAUUUAACAAAAUACUUCAUAACAUCACUCCUAAUUGGCAAUAUAGUCACAAAGCAAAAUAAUUCAAAUUUCAGCAAACAAUAAAGUACAUUUUGCAUUUUAGAGCUAACACAUCACAUUACAUUACGGGUUUUUAUUUUGAGAUAAGUUCAGCUACAUAGCAUAAACUAGUUUUUUUUUUAUAACCAUGAAGGACAGUCUUGAAUUAUUUCCCCCAUUAACAAAGUCUAAUUGGAAUCCAGUAUUUUUUCUCAAACUGUAAUUUCACUUGUCCCAGGACACAUAAAUAGGUAAAAAUUAGAAUAAUAUAGUUGUAGAACUUAAUUGUGCAGAACAAGUGCAUUAUAUAAAUAUAAAUCUAAUGCAAGCACAUGUCAUUUAAGAUUUUCUAUUAGUCACAUUUUAAGAAAAAUAGAUGAAAGUAUAGUAUUUUUAAUCCAAUUCAUCCAAAUUAUUCUAUCAAUAUAUAGUCAAUAUUAAAAUGUAAUGAGAUAUUUUGAAUUCUUUAUUUUUAUACUGUUUUCAAAAUCAGGAUUGUAUGUUAGGCCUUUGGUACAUCAAGUGGUCAAUAGUCACAUGUGGCUGGUGGCUACCAUAUUAGACAGCACUAGUCUAGAGUACUUUUUAUUUUAAGCAAAGUGACACUUGAAGUUCUAUGCUUAGAUUUAAGUGGCCUCAGUUCUCGCAUUGAGGAGCUGGUGGGAGGCCACAAAGAAUGUGUUUCAGAAAUGUUACACACUGAGUAAAAGCUGUUUGACCACGCCUGCCCAUUCAUUUACUUCAGAGGAGAAAUGAUUCCUAACAUGACUUCAAAGAACAACACUUUCCUGGGCAUUACUAAAUUAUCUACUGACCAAUCCCUCUGACUCCUGAUGGGCCCUGGAGUCUUAACUACAGCCUAGAGUCUCCUGAGUACUGCCAUGAUGCCAAUAGCAUUCUUGCUUACCAAAAUCUACUCUCAGCCAACCAUGUGUCUUCAUUCAGGAAGAACUGCACAUAGAAUCUGAUUUUGAGGCCUGGAUUAAGCUGCAUGCCAUCCUUGUAUCACAGGCAAUAUGUCUUUCUGGAAAUCUAAUGAACCAUAUCAAAUCUGCAUGAUGAAGAUUGUGUAAUGAUGGUGAUAUCAUGCCAGUUAUCCUCAAAGUGGGAAUAUGACCAUUAGCUGGCAUGUUUUAGAUUUCCUCAGAAGGGUUUAAUCAACACUGCCAUUACACAUGGAUUUAACAAAAGACUUUUAAAAAAUUUUUACAUACUGAUUUUCGAAUAAUCCUCAAGGUUCUGUAGUCAUUUUUAGUGGAAGACUUAAAAAGAAAGGAACAAUUUUUACUGUGACUUCAAUUUCAUAGUAUUUUAAACAUAUUUUGUAAUUCAGAAUGUUUAGCAAUCCCUAUGUCCUGUUUCACAUGCAUGGUAACUGAUGGUGGGUUGCCUACAGGCUGAAGAUUUGGAGAGAGCCAUUUUGUUUCAUAAAUCAGUUUUUAUUGCACAGAAGCAGCUGGUUGUAUUUCAAGUUGGAAAAAGAAAAGUAAAUGCCAGAAAAGGCAAAGGAUAAACUUAGUAAGCCAUUUAUUUUGUUUUAGAGUUGUUUUUAAAAAAGGUCAACAAAGUGAAUCAGCACUAGCAUUUUCUUGAUGGUUGACUCAAUGUAAAAUUAACAAAUAUACAUAGCAGAGUCAAUUAAUCAUAGUGCCAUUAUGUCACUUAUUUGUCAUUGCAAAGUAUUCAGUCAUGUUGUCUAGAUUUACUUUAGAUGGUGCAAAAUUUCCAGAUAGUAACCUAUGUAAAAUGAUUUGUAAUUUCCUUGUAAUUCCUGCCUAUUAGUCCAUAUUCUAAUUUCCUUAUGUUCAUCACUGAUAUGUUCCUGAUCAGGGUCAUUGCUAGUAGUUGAGCAUUUACUGGCUGAACACUGUUUAAUGGUUUGAUGUUAUGUGUGUCUGCAUUUAAAAAAAUUAUGUACAUGUUAUUUCACUAUUGGUAUUACAAUAUUCAUAAACACAUGAUAAACAGAAAUGUACCCAAUAAUUUCCUAUAAACUUUUCCGAAGUCCUUUUAUUCCCCUGACACACUCAGGGUGAAUUUUUGUCUCCUUGGCAAGUAAGAAAAAAAAAGGAGAGAGACCACUGGAGAGAUAUCAGCCAACCACCCACAGUAACCAAGUUCAGCAUUUCCUCUUUCUAUAUUUUGACCAAUAUAUUAAGAGCAAGUUUUGUCAUUAUUACUCCCUGUGGCUAUUACCUUAGAUCAGAUAAUAUAAUCUCAGCUCAUAAAGCUUGGCCAUUUCUAUACUUAUCUUGGAGAGCAAUUAACAAAGUUGAUUAAUUUAUGUUUGGUUAUUUAAAAUGCCAACUUUCAUAAAUGCUCUGUGAUGCACUCAAGACAAUUGGGUUGUGUGAUAUUAACUUCCUUCAAGAACUCAGUCUGUUCCCUGUCGUGUGGCUCAGAGGUCCACCAGGGCAAAACAGAAGCCUUGACGAGAAAGUGAACUGUCUUACUCCUUUGAAGGAAUCAGGUGUUGCUCUAGAGAAGACUCCAGGCAUCUACCUGGUUGAGCUCAAAUGAGCCAAGUGGCAGAAAACCUCUUCUCAUCCUCUGAUUGAAAGUGAUACAAUUUGAAUAUUGGUAUAUUGUCAUUGGUCAGUAAUGGAAAAAUGAGAUUCCACCAAUGGGUUACUCUUUUCCUGUCUUGGUUGGCUAUGCCUUAUCCCAGAUCAGUGUUUUGUUCCAUCCCUAUGGCCAUCUCUAAAGCCCUGACAGGAGCAUCCCAGACUGGAGAAAUGCAGGGUAUCUGUGGCCCAGAAUUUCGUUUGAUACUCUAAACAGCAAUGCUAAGACUGCAAAAUCACACUAUUCUAAACAGUUGUUUUCAGCUCAUUUUGAAGAUUGACCUGGAAAUCAUAUAGAAUAUAUAUAUUUAAUCUUUGCUUGUGGUUCUGUCAAAAUGACAUUUAAUUUUCA